AUCCCAGGAUACUGCUUCACACCUCCCUGGGCACGAGAUCAACCAAGAUGGAGUUGAGUGCGGAAGUUCAGGAAGGAUUGCAACUCUGCGGAGAUUCGGCUCAAAUCAGCGACUCGGCCUUCAACUUUCUACUCAAGGCAGCCUGCAAUACACUCUUACACGGCAGGCAGCGAGACAGAGGUGUUUUAGAUGACCCCAGUGUGAGCCAGUCGGACCCCUCCGUACUGAAGCAGGUGUUCGCUUCCCUCACCACCCUGUUUCUAGAGGCUGCCAAACACAAUGCAGACUCAACCAACACCAGCUCUCUUCUUGAAGAUAGCAAGAUGAGUCCAGAUAGAAUAGAGGCCUUCAACAAUGUCUACAUGAGUAACAAGAUAGAACUUCAAUCUGUGUUAAGUAGCACAGGCAGUGGUUUUCCACACGUAGUGGAUGUAGACUGGAGACUGGACUACUACAUGAAGAACAACCAUCUUGACCAUGUGAAUGAACCAACAUACCUGGUUACGCUGAAGACAGAGGAGCCAGGAAGUUCUCAGCUGAAGGACGUUCAGUUUGCCUGCACAGUGGAGCAACUUCAGGACAUGGUUGGAAAACUAAAAGAUGCCUGCAAGAGCAUGGAGAAAGCAAGCCAAUCCUAAUUUACUGCAUAUUAGGACUUAUAGGGGACUUGAUAGCAUUCCGACUUGCUUUGAAGUGUUCAAAAUCAAAGUAACAUUUUAUCUCAUUUAAUCAAUGAUUUUGCAUCUAAAGGAUGUUUCAAUAGUUUUUCUUUGUGAUUUGAAAAUAAGGAAAAA